UUUUUUUUUCUCUUUCGAUUUUUUUUUUCUUUUUCUUUUUAAAAGUUCAUUGAAUUCAAUGCCUGUCCCUUUUUUCUCUGGUGGUCGUCAACUAUCCAUUGAACUUGCAGAACCAGUGGUUAUUUUGCGUGGUCAUGCAACCGAUCCUACUACUGCUGUUGUACGAGGUGAAGUGGAAUUGUUGUUAUCAAAACCUAUAUUGGCAUCUUCUGUAGUGGUGAAACUAGUUGGUAAAUCUCACAUGUUAUGGCCUGAAGGACUUGGACCUCGUAACAACAAACUAUAUCAUGAAAAGACUAUUCAUGAACAAAACAUUAUAUUACAAUCCUUCCCUGAAGAUAGUGAUCGUACAUUACCAGCAGGUUUACAUCGUUGGCCUUUUGAAUUCCUUUUACCUAAUCGACUUGUUGAAACUAUUGAAGAUGAACUUGCCAAAGUAUAUUAUUAUGUAUCUAGUACUGUUACUCGUAUUGGUAUGGGUACAGUCAAUCUUCGAUGUAGGAGACAAAUCCUGUUACUACGUGCUCUUUCUUGGUCAGAUCAAGCAUUGACUUCUCAUUCUUUAUCCAAUCCUUCCAUCUUGGUAGAAAGGCGUUUCCCUCAAUAUGAUGCUACUAUUUUUAUUGAAAAAUCAAUGGCUUCUUCUGGUACACAGUUUCCUAUCACACUUAUUUUAUCUCCUCACCGAAAACAUGUCCACUUGGAAAGUGUUUCUGUCCUCUUGACUGAAAGAAGAGUGUAUCAACUUCCUGAAUUCGAUGCUAGACGUGGUGAAAUGCAUGAUUACAAGCUUCCUCUCAACAGUGCUCAAAACAUGGCUGAUACCUCUAUAUCAUCUUUUGCUCCUCCCAAUGAUAUUGAUUCUGUUAACCUUCGACGUGCUCUUACUACCAAAAACGCCCAUAUCCCUUUGACUGCCACUCCAUUCCAGUAUCGAUUUGUCUUCACUUUACCCAACUGUAUCAAUCUCAAUCAUACAACUACUUACAACGAAAUGCAUUUUUCUCAUUUUUUGAAAAUCAACAUUGAACUUACUUUUCCUCAAGAACGUGAACAAGAUCAAGAUAAUGACAACACUACGAUAACUGUGGAAGAUAGUUCUAAAGGUAUUUUGCGUACAUCGGUUCAUCUGGAUACACCCAUCACCAUAUUAGAUUGUCGACUUAAGGAUGAUCAUGCUACUUUACCUUCCUAUGAAGCUGCAAGACAUGAUUCGACUGUGGAUAGUGAUGAUUUGGAUGAUCCUACCAAAAGACCUACUGGAUUCUUUUUAUGCCCCUGCUAUUUGGAAUACAAAAAGGAAUGCAAGCAACUCCCUCGACCUGAAUGGAUGAUGGUUCGACAAAAUAUCACUACUCCUCCUCCUCCCUAUUCAAGUAAAUGUUAGUUCCCAUUGGUUAUAUACGUAUUUACUUUAUACCGUUUAUCAUUCUUGUUUUAUUUGCAUACAAUUCAUUUCAUUUUUUUUUCAUUACCUUUCCUUCAUUAUCAUCCCAACUUUGUUUUUUUUUUUCCUUUUUUACAUUCUCAUUAUCUUCAAUUCAUACAUCUUUACACUCCUACAUACAUAUUAUAUUUACUUGAUAAUAAACACUCUGGCACUGUACUGGAACUUUUUUUAAUCAAA